AUGUUCUGUUCUCUCUUCGUGACCGUCGGUCUUGCGCUUUCUGUCUUUGGUUUAGCGAUUGAGGUCGAGGAACGAGCCUUUGAGGUCACCAGAACGUCGAACCCGGCGACAUCCACCACUUCGAUUUCGGUCCCUACCAGCACUGGGCCACCUAACUUCAAUAUAACCUCUCUCGGUCUCAACGGUUCAGGUUGCCCUCCAGGUUCUGCCUACUACAUCUUAAACAGUGCGUUUGAUCCCCCUAUAGCAGCGGAUCCUUUCAAAUUCGCCUAG